UAUUUUGGUUACCCGAUGGUUAUAAAGGUACGAUGGCUACCCGAUAGUUGCCCCGAUUAUUAUUUUAAAUCUAUACACCCUUUUAAGUACGAUAAUGGAUCGAUAGUAGUCCGAUAUAUGCUCGAUUGUUAUUAUUAAGUUACUGCGGACCUAAUAGUACGAUGGUACUCGAUGUUACCCGAUACUUGCCCGAUAUUAGUGUUUUAAGUGAUCAAAAACAUAAAUAAAACUUUGCCCGAUACCGCCCGAUAUGGCCCGAUACUGGGUCAACUUUGUUCGCGUACUUAAUGUAUAAUGGUGUUUGGGAGCGUGAAGGUAGAGAUUGGGUUUUUAAUGGAGCCGAAAAUUUAACGUUCGAGUUGGAGAAGGACAUAACUUACUCACAACUUGUUGAACUUCUGUACUCAGAGCUGGAGGUUGACAAAGUGCAGUAUGACCUGAAAUUAGAAGUGAAUUAUAAGUACAUGAAAGGGUUAAUGUAUCGGCCUGAACUUAUAAGGAAUGACAAGGGUGUAAGCUUAUAUUUGUCAAUGCUUUUGAAGAAGCCAGAUGAAUUUGUUCCCCUUUUUGUGACUUUGGUGGAGAAGAAUAUCAUUGUUGAUCGUAAUCCUCCACCAAGUACUGUUAAGGAUACUCGUAGUGAGGUUGGGACUUAUGUUCCAGAAACAAAUCCGGAGGUGCUGGUAGCCACUGCUGUACCUGAAUCAAACCCUUUCAUACCGAUAGUUGAUCAUUCGGGUUGGGUUUGGGCGGGUUUCGGGUGGGAUUGGUCCAGAAAUGGGCUUUGGGUCGAUAACAGAAAUUCUUGGUUUUAA